GAUCAGGCGGGGUCCUUGGCUGUCUCGUGUACUCGGGCUCAACUCGAGCUAAAGUUUUCUCUCUCCCUGUUAAAGCAAACAUCUCAUACUCAUUACCAGCGUUACUGGUCGCACCACUUUGGCGACAAUGGCCACUGUGGGGCCGUUUGCUUGUGUAUUGUCGGUGUUUUUUGUCGUCCUUUCAGAGAGAUUUUCGGUGCUGGCCGGUUUCUCGCAGUCUUUGGACAGCGACUUCACGUUCACUCUGCCCGCCGGUCGCAAGGAAUGUUUCUACCAGACUAUGAAGAAAGGUGGCUCGCUGGAAAUAGAAUAUCAGGUCUUAGAUGGCCCAGGUUUGGACGUUAAUUUCGACAUCUCCUCUCCAACUGGCCAGCUAUUGUACAUUGACCAUCACAAGUCGGACGGAAUGCACACUGUGGAGACGGAGGACGGAGACUACGCGUUCUGCUUCAGCAGCGACUCGGAGAAGCUCGUUUUCUUCGAGCUCAUUCUGGACAACAUGGAGGCCGACGAGGAGCCGGAUAACUGGAAGGAGUACAUUCACGGCACGGACAUAUUGGACAUGAAGCUGGAGGACAUCAUGGACACCAUCACAAGUGUGAAGUCGCGGCUGGGCAAGAGCAUACACAUCCAGACGGCGCUGCGUGCCUUCGAAGCCCGCGACCGCAACCUGCAGGAGAGCAACUUCGACAGGGUCAACUUUUGGUCGAUGGUCAACCUGGUGGUCAUGGUGGUGGUGUCAGGUGUGCAGGUCUACAUGGUGCGCUCACUGUUCUAGGACUAAGGGAAAAUGCACACAUAAACUGUAUAAGUGGAGAAAUUAUGAGGGGGAUAUUUCAAAAACACAAUUAUUAAGUCUCGGAUUUAUUUCUGCUUUUUCAGUCCACUGGAUAUUGAAGCUGUGUUGUCUUUUUCAAAAUCAUUGCUGAAUGUUUUUAAUACUGAAUGGACUCGCCAGCUUUUACCUAACAGGUGUCAUACUGUCAACAGUUUGCGUAGAACUCCAAGUUUUGUUAAAGGGACAGACAACACUUCUAUCAUGUGCAUCCCAGCCGAAAGAAUCUUGUUUCAUUCUUUAAAAAUCAAUAUUUUAUUUUUCUGAUGUGUAAUCAGGGAGAAAAUUGUAAACAAAACCAAGUAUUUCCAGGAAGUGGCCGUCCUUAGUGCAGGCAAACAUUUGAUCAAUGCCGGUUGUAUUUUAGCCAAUUAAAUGUGAAUAUCCCAGAUUGUCCAGCCGUUCUCGUUACAUCAUUAAUACCCACUGUCCUAUGCACAUGUGCCCAAUUCUAUCAACGUGGAUGUGCAUGGGUUUAACUGAAAUCACAAAAUUGCUUUUCUCAUAAGCAGUGUCUUUUGUUUAACAUUUUUCUCCAUUAUAAGAGGUUUAAGAAAUACUCUAAUUGCAUACUUACUUUUACAUGAAAAUAAUUUAUAGUAGGUGUUGUCUGUGCCUUUAAUCUGCAAAUAUGCAAUUGGGCACUCACCCGCAUACUCUUAUGUUCGUACACGCACACAUACUUGUCUUCCUUUUAGGUAAGUCGUAUUUUUGAAACGUCAUGUUUAUUUGCUGCCUAGUUUCAUAUCUAUCCAGUGUUAUUUUUAAGUGAUUUUCUGAAUCUAGGUAUGCAGUGCAGAGAAUGGAUGGAUAAUUUACCACUAAGUGAAUUGCCUGUUACAAUCAUAAGUUAUGUAUGGAGUUUACUGAGCAGGACUUGACUCAAGUUGUGUCUAAAGUGUGAGAUAUUUACUUGUAAAUGUGUAAAUUAAUAAAUGAUUU